GAGACUUCUGCAAUUACAACAACUCCAGUUGAAACAUCCACCAUUAUCACAACAGAAACAUCUACAACAACAGAGCCCUCCACAAUCACAACUUCUGGAGAAACAUCUAUCACUAGUACAGCAGAAACAUCUACAACAACAGAAACUUCCACAUUCAUAACAAUUCCUGCAGAAACAUCUAUCACUAGUGCAGCAGAAACAUCUACAACAACAGAGACUUCCACAACUUCGAUAAUUACAACGACUCUGGUUGAAACAUCCACCAUUAUCACAGCAGAAACAUCAAAAACAACAGAGCCCUCCACAAUCACAACAACUCCUGCUGGAACAUUCACCACUACUCCUGUUGAAACACCCACUUCCAUUGCAGCAGAAACAUCUACAACAAAAGAGACUUCGACAAUUACAACAACUCCUGCAGAAACAUCCGAAACAUCUAUCAUUAGUACAGCAGAAACAUCUACAACAGCAGAAACUUCCACGAUCAAAACAACUUCUUCUGAAACAUUCACAACUAGUAUCACUAGUACAGCAGAAACAUCUACAACAACAGAAACUUCCACAUUCAUAACAAUUCCUUACAGCCACAGCAUCAACAGCUACUACAACACAUCCUUCAACAGUGACAUCAACUGCUUCUGGAAAUACUACUGCAGGAAUUUCAAGAACAGCACCUCAAACAAUAUCUUCUGCAGGAACUUCUGUGAUUCCCUCUUCAUCCACUAUUGA